AUGGCGAACAUGAGCUCAUUCAAGGCUUUGGCAGUCUUCUUCGUCGUUGCUCUCUUCUCUGCUACUGCUUCGGCACAAGACUCUGGGAUGGCUCCAGCAUCAUCCCCUGGCAUGGACGCUGGAUCUGCAUUCUCGUUGCCCAUCUCUGCAGCCGUCGUGUGCUCUCGUGGAGUUGCAGCAGCGGUGCCUGCCGGUUGUGGAGUUGCAGCUGUGGUGUCUGCCGAUUGUGGAGUUGCAGCAGUGGGUAUAAUUUGCGACGUGGAUUGGGUAAUGCCGUCUUCUGUGGGUGAACAACUUUCUGGUUGGAGUUUUGGGUACUCAAAGAAGGAGAGAAAAGGGUUGGGGGAGUCAAAGCAAUGUGAAAAGGACAGGGCACUUGUUCUUGUCCACUGCAUGUCUGGAAAAAGCAGGUCACCAGCAAUUGUGAUAGCUUACUUGAUGAAGAGCAAAGGAUGGAGACUUGCACAAGGUUACCAAUGGGUGAAAGAGCGGAGGUGA